ACUCUUUCUAAGAUGUUCGGUGGAAAACAAGACAAACUCGCUUGAUUUUGGGGAAAAUUUUAUGCUUGAAAGCAUUGACAGCAUUUUCUAAAGCAGCAAAGGAGGCAGUCUGUUAAAAGGCAGCCAUCAUGCUUUCACUGGACGAGCCGUUGGACUUGAAACUACCCACUGGACGAGCACGAGGCUCUGUGAUACUGGGAAAGAGGUCUUUUCCCUCCUUCGCAUGCGCCCCUCUCAACGCCUCGCGCCCUCGGCUGCAGUGUACACCAUUUCCCUCACCUCCCUCCUCACCAGAUUCCCAGUUCUCUCAGGAGCGACUCGGGUCCUGCUUCACUCCUCCAGCCAUGGACCUCAGCCUGUCACCUCCCUCUCACCAUGCCCCCUCCCUCUCACCAUCGCCUUCAUCCCCGUCUUCUCCCUGUCCUUCCUCACCCCUGGACUCCCCUCAGGACAGCAGCAGCAGCAGCAGCAGCAGCCCUCAGCCACAUCUCUUCUCUCGGGAAGCAGCUCCUCAUCAUCGCAGCACCGAAGGUGGAGCUUCUCAGCUCGGUUAUCCAUUUUACCUCCCCAUCAGAAGCCUGCAGAGGGGCUUCAGCUUUCCCACUUCCACACUCAUCAGUCCAUGCAGAGAGAAGCCACUCUCCCCCGAGCCCUCACCAGAUGGUCAGCUGGUCUGCCGAUGGAAGAAGUGUCACCUGCUGUUCGACUCACUGCAGGACCUGGUUGAUCACAUUAACGACUUCCACGUCAAACCUGAAAAAGACUCCGGGUACUGCUGCCAGUGGGAGGGCUGUGCUCGGAAUGGGAGAGGCUUCAAUGCCAGGUACAAAAUGCUGAUUCACAUCCGCACUCACACAAAUGAGAAGCCGCACCACUGCCCCACCUGCAACAAGAGCUUUUCACGUCUGGAGAACCUGAAGAUUCACACCCGCUCACACACAGGUGAAAAGCCCUACAUUUGUCCAUACGAAGGCUGCAGCAAACGCUAUUCCAACUCCAGCGACCGCUUCAAGCACACCCGCACCCACUAUGUGGACAAGCCUUACUGCUGCAAGAUGGCUGGCUGUUUGAAACGCUACACAGAUCCCAGCUCACUGCGCAAGCACAUCAAGGCCCACGGGCACUUUGUUGCCCAGGAGCAUGUCAGCUCCACCAGGAUGGGGUUGGGGGUGGGUUUCUCUGGGCACCCUGGUGCCACUGAGCUGCCAUCUGUAACAGGGCCACACGUCAUCAUCCCCGGAACUGCUGCAGCUCUCCUCGGGGGGAUCGGGACAUCAUUGCCGUUCUCUGCUCUCUGCCACUCCAGAGCCCUGGUUCAUCAGAGGGCACCUCUCCUUCCCAUGGGUAGUGGAGGGGGCUGCAGUUUUGGGCCGCUUGGCCUUUCAGACUCCACUCUGUUACACUUUGGACUCUCAGCUGGAUCAGUGCUGGGGCUGGGAGGGCUAGGAGGUCUGGGGCAGGCACUAAGGAAGGAGUCUGAGGACAAGGAGGAAGAUGACGACGAGGAGGGUGAGGUACUGAACCUGUCUGCAGAGGUGGGGCCGCAACAAAGGAACGCUUUGUCCUGGGUGGUUGUUCCUUCAAAAGCUUUCUUCCUCAAACCUACUGCUGUCAGUUAGAAUGUGCAGUAUGCACACUUUUAUCCUUUUAGUUUGCAUUUGCAGUAACGUGUUUACAGAGUAUACAGAGCAUGCACAUUUAUGAGAAAUCAAGAUUUCUGACAACUUUAGAGCAAUAAAAAGGCUUUUCUGUUAUAUUAGCUUUGUGACCAUUGAUAAUUCACAUCACCAUA